AUGGCCGUAGUCGGACGCACACGCUCCUUCACCCUCCUCCGCGCCCUCGCCGCGUCGAGGACGCGGCCACCCCCGCCCCCGCCUGUGCGGUCCAUCCAUGAGGGGCCCGACACCAUCGACGAGCUCUUGGACCGCCACCUUGCCAAGAAACCCGCAGCAGUCCUCGCCGACGACGCGGUGGAGGCCGAGGCAUGGCGGCGGCUGACGAGCUCGCGGCGGGAGGUGCUCGGCCUGUACCGGGACAUCCUUCGGGCGACGCGGCUGUUCGCGUGGCCCGAUGAUCGUGGCGUGCCGUGGCGCGAGGUGCUGCGCGCCAACGCCAGGCGUGAGUUCGAGGAGGCGCGCGUGGAGCGCGACCCAGAGGUGGUGGCGAGGCUCCUCAUCGGCGGCCGUGACGCCAUGCAGCAGGCGCUUGAUCGCCUCGCUGAGGCGUCCCGCCGCGCGGUCCAGGCCGAGGAGGCCAAGUGCCGCGGUGGAGCUUAG